ACGUAGCGGCGAGAGGACCGAGACGUUGUGGAUUUCUGCCGAUCCCGCCGGCCCGGGCUUCACGUGGCGGGCGGGGCCUCGUGGUCGGAGCAUGCCAUGUGUUAGAGCGGGGAGGCAGUGGGAGAUAAGGCCCGCGUCUGCCGUGCGGGGGAUCCGACGCGCACGGGCCCUGAUGUGGCAGCAGAUACGCGGGCUGGCCCGGUCCUGCCGGAGCGGGGCCGGGUACCCGGUGGCCUACCGUGGCCCGGACCCGGAGGAGCAGGAGACGGUGUGCCUUGAGCCCAUGGGAUCAGAGCGGAUGGAGAUGCGAAAGAGGCAGAUGUCGGUGCAGCAGGAGUCGGCGGCGGGGGGAACCGCACCGGCCCAGCAGGACCAGCCGGGCCAGGCCAAUCCGCGGGGCUCCAACGCCUGCUGCUUCUGCUGGUGCUGCUGCUGUAGCUGCUCCUGGAAUGAAGAUCGGGAUGAGAGGAACCGGAAGGCUUCUUAUGACGUCAGGGAAGGGACCGCAGACUGUGAAGACUGUCCGAAGCCCACGGCCGAGGAGGUGCGUGCUUGGGGGCAGUCGUUCGAUAAGCUGAUGUGCUGCCCGGCGGGGAGGAACUCUUUCCGACAGUUUCUCCGCACUGAGUUCAGCGAGGAGAACAUGCUCUUCUGGUUAGCCUGCGAGGAGUUCUGCAAAGAGACCAAUAAAAGUGUGAUCGAGGAGAAGGCUCGGGUCAUCUACGAGGACUACAUCUCCAUCCUCUCACCCAAAGAGGUGAGCCUGGACUCCCGUGUGCGUGAGUCGAUCAACCGGAACAUGCUGGAACCCACCUCCCACACGUUUGACGACGCCCAGCUGCAGAUCUACACACUAAUGCAAAGAGACUCGUACCCCCGCUUCAUGAACUCCCCCGCCUACAAAAACCUGCUCAACGCCCUGUCGGAGCAGUCCUCCGAAACCUAGAGCGCCGACGUCCU